AUGUUCUUUUCGGCUAUCAGAUCAAGAAGUGGAUUCAAUAACAAUCCCACAGCGGAACAAUUUGAAGGUGCCUACAAGAGGCUUUCAUUGAAAACUGAAAUUGAAGCACCCACUUCUGCAAAUUGCGUGUGCGUGGACAAUACUUCUAUUUUGACAGUAAGUAGUGGCAAUCAAAAAGACGAUGUCGAUGAUCUUCUGAACGCUUUUUCUGAAACCGCAACAGACGAAGGAAGCGAACAAGUUCCGUAUUUCGGAAAUUUGUCUUCAUAUUUAAUCAAUGUUACCGAGUACAUAUCUGGUUUAGUGUCUAGAAAAAUAGCCAAGUCAAUCAAAUGUGCUAUUUGUGCAGAUGCUUUAUUUGCGGUAGAAAGUAACUCAUAUCUUUUGAACAGAAAAAAUCGGGGAGGAUUGUUAACUGCUUCAAAUGAUGUCGUAAGCAUUUGUGGUACCGCUGAAAAUAUGUUUAGGUUUUACGUACAAUCAAAUAAUCAUCCUGAUAUUCACGCUUCGCAUACAUAA